AUGAUUCCAAGAGCUAUUCACACGUCGAUUACGCAGGUCGAUCGGGCAAUUGAUCGGGAGCUGGAUAGUAGCUUAUAUCCUUUAGCAGCUGCGGAUGACGAAGAUAACUAUUUUCUUACGAACCCACCGCCAGAUUAUUUGGACGAGUUCGUUGAGCAGGCUAAGGACUUUAUUCGGUACCAGAAGAACAAAGGACGGAAUCGUGUGGUUCUAGUGACGUCGGGAGGAUCAACUGUACCUCUUGAGAACAACACAGUACGUUUUAUUGACAAUUUUUCUGCGGGAACUCGUGGAGCUUCUAGUGCCGAGCAGUUCCUUUAUAAUGGUUACUCUGUGAUAUUUCUCCACCGUGAGUUUUCCCUAACGCCUUUUAAUAGGUCAUUUACCCAUGAUAAGGAUGUUAACUUCCUCGACUACUUUGACUUGGAAGGGAAGGUUGCAGAGCCCUACCGAGAGCGUAUUAUGCAUAACAAAAGCCUAUAUGAGAAGUAUUAUCGCGAAGAAAAACGGUUGUUAUUACUACCCUUUACUACUGUGAAUCAGUACUUGUGGUCUUUAAAGGAGCUAGCGCAGUUGAUGAAUAAUGAGGGUAGCUUGUUCUACUUGGCGGCAGCAGUUUCUGAUUUCUUUGUCCCAUCAUCCAGAAUGCCUGAGCACAAGAUCCAGUCACGAGAUGGGACGACUGCCGCUAACAAAUCUAAUUCUAGCGUUAAUCGCCAGUUAGUUAUGAACUUGGACCCUGUGCCAAAAAUUUUGCGGCGUUUGGUUGAAACCUGGGCGUCGCAGGCGAUGAUAGUGUCAUUCAAGCUAGAGACAGAUCCGAAAAUCUUGAUUAAGAAAGCCAAGCAGGCGCUAGAUCGAUACAAUCAUCAGUUGGUUAUUGGCAAUCUUCUACAGACCAGAAACAAAGAAGUUGUGUUUGUGACUGAGGGUAACCGCGAUGGAGACUGGAUUGGACUAGAUGGUAACCCAGGCGUGCAAAUUAUUGAAGAACUAAUUAUUCCUUGGGUUAUCAAACUCCAUGACCAGUGGCUUCAAAAACAAAGUACAUUGAGUAAUUGA